GGUGUGGUUUCAACAGGAGGUUUUUCUCUAUCGUGGUUGUUUUUUCUGUUUGAUUUCUUCAGGUUUGUCUGUGUGUUUUUGUUAAUCACGUCUUUAAGUCAAACGUUUUCAAAUCUCACCGACAGAAACGUAAAAUUAGGCAACCGGGAGGAAGUGACGCCAACGUUUUCUUACAAAGAAAGAAAAGGUUGAAUCUGACGAAACAUUAGGUCAUUAGACCGACUGACAGAGAGCAGGAUGUCUGCUGUCAGAUGGAUUCCACUGUGUCUGAUGCUGAUUCGUUUACCAGUCAUAACUGGACAAUACGUACGCUUCACUGUCAGGAUAGGGGGUGAGGUCACGUUGCCUUGUGGUAACGUGACACAGGAGCAGGAUAAGUGUGACCGCACUACCUGGAGCUUCCGUCGUUUUACCAGCGCGUCAGCAGAUCUCGUUCGUUUUGGGCAGGUUCUUGAAACAGCCAAUGCUAAGUCAGACAGGCUGAGCGUCACAGAGAACUGUUCACUGGUCGUCAGGAGGGUGACAGUCGACGAUGGUGGUCUGUACACCUGCAGACAGUUCGAAUCCGGAAAACAUGAAGAUACUCACGUUCAUCUCUUCGUCAUUAUCAUGACUGAACAUCAGGAGGCUGAUAAAGUGACAUUAAACUGCUCUGUGUCGGCUCCUGGGUGGUGUGACCAGACACUGAAGUGGCUGUACGAGGACGCCUACGUGGAUAAACACAACAAAGACAUGGAGAUUUCAGGGUUCGGGUGCUCGGUGACCGUGACAUUUCCUUCCUCCUUCCUGAAGCAUCAUCGGUCAUUCAUAUGUGAAUUGACAGAUACUGACAGCACAGCAAAGGAGCAGUUUCCGUUCAGCCGUCAGUCCUCAGGUAAAGAUGCAACGAAGACAAGAUCGACAUCACCAGCACAACCAACAAAAACUACCUCAGCAGCGUCAAAGUCGACAACAGAACAGACAACAGAACAGACAACAACAACAACGUCAUCGACAACAGCACAAGGAGCUCGUACAGAUUGUUCUGUUGUCGACUACAUCAUGUUGGUUCUGCGUGUGGCUGAACUCGUCCUGGUUACUGUGAUUACUGUUCUUCUCAUCAGAGCUCCAGGGAACCAGAGACCAGUGAGGCGUUCAGGUGCAGCAGCCAGUCAGGUGGAUCAUGAUGAAGAUGAAGAUGAUGGUGUGGUGAAAUAUGAAAACUGUGGAGACACUUCUGCCUCUGUCAGACUCCGCUGAAGAGUUCAGAGCUGAUCUGACGAUUUCCUGCUUGUUGUUGAAGCUGCAGCAGCUUGAGCUCAGUUUCAUGUCUCUGUGUGCAGAAGAACUCAUUUGAACUCACUUUCAUUUAGCAUUGUUGUUCACAUAUUAGUGUGUGUGUGUGUGUGUGUGUGUGUGUGUGUGUGUGUGUGCGUGUGUGUGCGUGCGUGUGUGUGUGUGUGCGCACGCGUGUGUGUGUGUGUAUGUUUGAAUGUGUUUUCAGCCUUAAUGGAGUCAGUAACAGUCUUCUAUUUAUUAUAUCUGUUAACAAUAUCAUCUGCAAAUAAAGA